AGACCUUUCCAUCAUGUCGCUGUGCGAGCUUGCGGCGAGCGGGAGCUCUCUGCUCUGGCCUCGCGUGUUGCUCUUUGGGGACUCCAUCACGCAGUUUUCUUUCCAGCAGGGUGGAUGGGGCACAUUGCUGGCUGACAGACUAGUCAGGAAGUGUGACGUCCUGAAUCGUGGAUUUUCAGGUUACAACACCAGAUGGGCCAAGAUUAUCCUUCCAAGAAUAAUCAGGAAAGGGGCUGGUUUGGAAAACCCAGUGGCGGUUACAAUAUUCUUUGGUGCCAAUGACUCUACACUCAAAGAUGAGAACCCCAAGCAGCAUGUCCCCUUGGAUGAGUACAGUGCAAACUUGAGGGACAUGGUACAGUACCUGAGGUCUGUGGACAUCCCCAAGGAGCGAGUGAUUCUUAUCACACCACCCCCUCUCUGUGAAGCGGCCUGGGAGAAGGAGUGCAUCCUGAAGGGUUGCAAAUUGAACCGCCUGAACGUUGCUGUCGGAGAAUAUGCUAAGGCAUGUUUACAAGUAGCCAGAGACUGUGGGACUGAUGUCCUUGACCUGUGGACCCUGAUGCAGAAGGACAACCAGGACUUCUCGUCCUACUUAUCAGACGGCCUGCAUUUAUCCCCACUGGGGAAUGAGUUUCUGUUCUUCCACCUCUGGCCACUGCUGGACAAGAAGGUCUCCUCCCUGCCACGUCUGCUUCCUGACUGGAAGGAUGUGGAGGAAACAAAGCCUGAGCUGAGCCUGCUGGGAGACGGAGACCAUUAGCAUGGGGGACGUUCCCGAGAACGAGUGGCUCAGGUCACUCACACAUACCACCUCAGGUUGGCAAUCACAGACAUUCUAUGAGCAAGUGCACAACUUUGUUAAUAAUUCCUAAACAUCAAGAGAUUGAUUAAAUGGUUCUUUCCAAGCUUAA